ACUCCACUCGAAUUAAAACCCUAGCGGCAAAAACCUUUUGCUCCCCGCCGCAGCCGAAUCCUCCCGCCCCGCCGCCGGCGCCGCCAACCGCUUCCCGCCGAGGUGGUCGCCGUCCGGGGGGACUCAGCCGCGGCGCCGCGCUCUCUUUCCGCGCCGACCGUCCUUCGCCCUCCCCCGCCGCUAUGAUCUGCGCGAUCUCCGGCGAGGUGCCGGACGAGCCGGUGGUGUCCAAGAAGUCGGGGCUCCUCUUCGAGCGGCGGCUCAUCGAGCGCUACGUUGAGGACCAUGGCAAGUGUCCGGUCACCAAGGAGGAGCUCACCAUGGACGAUAUUGUGCCGGUCAAGACCAACAAGGUUGUGAAGCCUAGGCCUUUGCAGGCUGCAAGCAUUCCAGGACUCCUUGGGAUUUUUCAAAAUGAGUGGGAUGCUCUCAUGCUUUCUAAUUAUUCUUUGGAGCAGCAGCUUCACACAGCAAGACAAGAACUUAGUCAUGCGCUCUACCAGCAUGAUGCCGCCUGCCGUGUUAUAGCCAGAUUAAAGAAGGAAAGAGAUGAGGCUAGAACACUUUUGGCUCAAGCUGAGAGACAGAUUCCUGCAUCAGUUGCAGCAGCUGCUCCUGCAGCUGUUGUUUCCAACGGAAAAAGAGCAACGGAAGAUGAAAUUGGCCCUGACGGGAAGAAGAUUCGUCCUGGUAUCAACCCUGUCAUGAUUGAUGAACUUACAGAGUGUAAUACCAUGCUUUCAGCACAGCGUAAGAAAAGACAGGUUCCGCCAACUCUGGCGCCGAUUGAUGCACUUGAGAGAUAUACUCAAAUCAGUAGUCAUCCCCUUCAUAAGACAAACAAACCAGGCAUUUUGUCCAUGGACAUUCAUCCUUCAAAGGACAUUGUUGCAACUGGGGGUAUCGACACAAAUGCAGUGCUGUUUGAUCGGCCAUCUGGUCAAAUCUUGUGCACGCUUACUGGUCACUCAAAGAAGAUAACCACUUUGAAGUUUGUUCCACGGGAUGGACUCUUUGUAACUGGAUCUGCAGAUAAGACUGUUCGCAUUUGGCAAGAGAGCGAGAAUGGAAACUAUAACUGCAUCCAUACAUUGAAAGAUCAUACUGCUGAGGUUGAAGCUGUUACAGUCCAUGCAACUCAAAAGUAUUUCGUGACUGCUUCCAAGGAUAACUCCUGGUGCUUCUAUGAUAUAUCAACAGGAUCUUGCCUCACACAGGUUGGCGAGGCUUCAGGACAAGAGGGAUAUACAUCUGCAUCUUUCCAUCCAGAUGGUCUUAUCCUUGGAACAGGAACUACUGAUGCUGUUGUUAAAAUUUGGGACGUGAAGACUCAGUCAAAUGUUGCAAAGUUUGAGGGGCAUGUUGGACCAGUCACUGCUAUGUCCUUCUCUGAAAAUGGUUACUUCCUUGCUACUGCUGCUCAUGAUGGUGUCAAGCUUUGGGAUCUUCGGAAAUUGAGGAAUUUUAGGACCUUCUCUCCCUAUGAUUCAGACACGCCGACGAAUGCUGUGGAAUUUGAUUUUAGCGGAAACUAUCUUGCCAUUGGUGGUUCAGACAUAAGGGUUCACCAAGUAGCUAAUGUUAAGGUUGAGUGGAAUCUUAUCAAGACGUUACCGGAUUUAUCAGGAACUGGUAAAGUAACUUCUGUGAAGUUUGGAGCCGAUGCUAAGUACAUUGCCGUAGGUUCUAUGGACCGCAACCUACGGAUAUUUGGACUCCCUGGAGAUGACCAAAUGGAGGAAUCAAACACAGCAGCUGAGUGAGGAAAUCCAUUGUACUUGAUUUAUUUCUUUUUUGCGAUGCUCCCAAUGUCAUUUGAUGAUGGAUAGACUGCGUGCCCAUGGAUACAUCAACACAAGAGGGAAGGAAGAUCCUGGCGGGGAGCCUGGUCUGGACUACGGUCGGUGUAAACAAGCUUGUGACAUUAUUGUAUUGUAGGGCUUACUAAUUUAUCUGAUGAGGAUAUGAUUUGUUUUGUUCUGAAGACGAGUACGAUGCUAAAGUUCCGCGCAAAGUUCAGCGAUUCAAAACAAGUUCCUUGUUUCUGUUUCA